AUGAUACUUCCUUCCCAGCUUUCUGGCCUGCCGCUGGAGGUCCUGCAAGGCUGCAUCCUUGUCCCCUUCGGCACCCCGAGGGACGUGGCUCACCUCUUGGCUGCUUCGCGCGGUCUCCGCUCCCUUCGGCGGGGGUACGUCUCCGGCGUCCUAGACCUCCUCUUCCAAGGAAGGCCCGGAGCAGGCAACGCCAUUCCCUGGAUACGCUCGCACCAUGGGGGCAAGGACAAGGACAAGGACAAGGACAACAAGCUCAAGGGGAACGGCGGCAGCCAUGACGAUGUUAGCCUGGUGGACUGGUUGUGCGGCUUGAGGGACAUGAGCGCUACGGGGGCGUACCGCGCGUCGCUGGGGGAGACGCACUCCUUGCUCGUCACCCCUGGCGGACGCGCCCUCUCGGCGGGCAGCGGGAGGCACGGCGUUUUAGGAGCGAGCGGUAGGAUGAACCGCUUCCUCUUUACGGAGGUGGACUUAGGGUGGGGUCGGUUUCCAGGGCGCAUCCCUGUGGCGGCGGUGGCCUGCGGGCAGAGACAUACGCUCAUCCUAACCGCCGUUGGCACCGUGCACUCAUGCGGGCUCGGUGACUACGGUCGCCUCGGGCACGGCAGCGAGGCCAGCCUGUCCCGCCCCACCCUCAUCGAGUCCCUCGCAGGGGAGAGGAUCACCCAGGUAGCCGCCGGUGAAGCCCACUCCGUGGCGGUUUCCUGGAGCGGGAAGGCUUACACUUGGGGGUGGGGAUACCUAGGUAUUCUCGGUCGGGGGAGCGACGCCGACGUCUUGAAGCCGACCAGGGUGGCUAUCCCUCUCAUCAAUGCGGUUGGUGGCUCAGACGGUGGUGAUGCUCGUGGCGGCGGCGUUGCUGCCGUCGAGGGCCAUGUGACCUGCGCGACGGCCGGGCGAUCUUGCACCGUACUCGGCACACGCCACGGUGCAGUCCUCUUCUCCGGGUUCAUCACGACCAUGACAAGCAAUCGUUUUUGCGCGGUCUUCUCCGAGUUCGGCCGCUUGGGGGACGGGCUGCGGUGCUGGCGCGUGCAGUGCGAAUGCUUGCCGGUGACGGAUACCACUGUGGUGACGGCGAUCGAUCCCGCCGGGCAAGUGUACGAGGUGCAGCCCAGAAACGGGGUUGCCUUGGGUGGGAACAGCAGCAGCAGGUACGGGAACCCGUCGGAACAAAGGGUACCGUUGUCGGCGAACUACGCCCCUUGCUCCUCAGUCAUCCUGUCGCCCUUCGACGACGAACGUGGCCAGUGCUGGUUGGAGACCGGGGGCGAAGUUGAGGAGCCGGGGUGGGGCAUGAACCUUAGUUUUGGCAUGGUUGGAGUGUCAAGGGAUGGGCGGCUGCUGUUUGACAGCGACGAGGACGAUGCCGGCAAGGAGAGAAGCGCCGGGGUGGUUCAUGCGUCUGCCCGGAUCGGUGGCAGCUGUGAGGUCAGCCACGGGCUAAGGAUGGAGGACGGGGGCACGUGCGUGCUCACCUGGGGGGACGGCAGAACGGGACAUGUGGUCACCACGGCGGUGGUUCUGGGGAGCGCCGCAAGCGGGGUUCGCUCCGCAAGCGUGAAUGUCUCUGUUGAUGACUCGUUCGGGGGAAGCAGCGACUCGUUCGGGGGAAGCAGCAGGGAGGUUGGGGGCGGUGGGCCAAGGUUUAGGGGUGUUCUAGCACUCGUUGACGCUGCGGCGGAUAAGCGGGAUGCGGCAGACGAUCGGGCCUUGGCCCAGGAGGAGGAGGAGGGGGAGGAGGAGGAGGAGGAAGGCGGGGAGGCGAAGAGGAGGAAGGUUAGCCAAACUGAUGGAAGGUGAACGGGGGUGAUGUGGUCACAGGGGAGACAAGAGGGCGGUUGAACCCUCAACGCGUUCCCUCUGGGGGAAGGAGAGAUCACACGGGCGGUAUGAUGAGAGUGAAAAGGGAAGAGAUGAACAUGCAAUAAUGGGAGGAAUCAGAGGCAGCAGGGGCAUCAUAGAAGAAGUGAUUUCGGAAGAGGUGGUGAAUCGAUUGUGACCAUAAUACGAACAAGAAGGUAGGCGGAGAGCGGAGGCUUGGAUGGAUGGUGCAGGGAGUUCGUGGUUCAUGCGGAGCAUGGCGCCGAGCUUGCCUGGCCGCGUCACGAGGCCUUGGCUCGCCAUUUACCGUCCUGAGAAAGGACGAAUAAACAGGCAUGACCCAAACGAAUCGUGUGAUUGUAUUAUGGUGGACGACAUGAUGACCCUGGUCGCGCACGACAGCUGCACGCAAGCAACACGAACGCUUGAAGCCGGGUGCUUUUCUCAAAACAACUACUUGUACUGAACACGAAAGCGGCCGGCAAAUAGUUGUUGGCACUCUUGUCCUUUUCCGUUUUUUAUCUUUUCCGGCAACUUUAGUUCAACAUCAAAACCAACGAACGUCCCCAGGAGUACUGACUUUGUGAGGUAGGUGUUGGUCUUUUGCCUAACGCGGGGGUUGUGCGACCAUUCCUCCCGUGGUGACACUGCAGUACGUAUCAGCAGAAGAGGAAUAGAAAAUCAAAUCGGGCACAGCUUGGCCAGUGUGUGCUGCAUUCGACAAGCUUUCCGCCGUCCUCUCUAACGAUGGCGACCAACAUGACCAACAUGAUUCAUCUAGCUUUUAUUGUGCU